GGUGAAACAUUGCGUUGCAGUGUCAUUGCUCCGCACAGUUUCGUGCGAGUUGUGAACACAUACGUUUUCUAUGAAAAUCGUCAAAUUUGAAACGAAAAACCGGUGAAAAUCGUCUUCUGUGAGCUUGAAGAGCUUAGUUUAACAUUUUACAGCCUAAAAUAUGCAAAACUACACAGAGACGCUCAGAGACUUUGCAGAGAGGCAUGCGGCAGGUCUCACUGUUGCUUUCUUUGCGGGGGCUGGUGUACUGGCCUUGCGUCGGUGGUUGGCUGGGGGAGUGUGUCGGAGCAAGGUCAGGCUUGAUGGGAAAACAGUCCUGAUUACAGGAGCCAACACUGGCAUUGGCAAGGAGACAGCCUUGGAUAUGGCCCAGCGGGGAGCCAGAGUGAUCCUAGCCUGCAGAGAUAUGACCAGAGCUCGCAUUGCAGCCGAUGAGAUUCGGCAGCGGAGCGGAAACGGCAAUGUGGUGGUGAAGAAACUAGACCUGGCCUCCCUGCAGUCUGUCAGAGACCUGGCUAAAGAUGUUCAGGAGAAUGAAGAGCGGUUGGAUAUCCUUGUCAACAAUGCAGGUGUCAUGAUGUGUCCCAAAUGGAAGACUGAGGACGGCUUUGAAAUGCAGUUUGGUGUGAACCACCUGGGACAUUUUCUUCUCACCAACUGCCUCCUGGACCUGCUGAAGAGGUCAGCUCCUAGUCGCAUUGUCAUCGUCUCCAGCCUGGCACAUGAGAAGGGCCGUAUACACUUUGAAGACAUCAACCUUGAUAAAGACUACAGGCGUGAGGUGAGCUAUCGCCAGAGCAAGCUGGCUAAUGUGCUCUUCUGCAAAGAGCUGGCUGCAAGACUGAAAGGCACUGGUGUUACGGUGUACAGUCUGCACCCUGGAGUCAUUCGCACAGAGUUAGGCCGCCAUCUAUUCCCAACUUUGGCCCUGUGGAAAAGGAUCAUAGCCAUGCCAUUUUUAAUGCUGAUCAAAAGUCCCUGGGAAGGAGCUCAGACCACCAUCUACUGCGCUGUGGAUGAGAGUGUGGCGAAUGACAGCGGCCUCUAUUACAGUGACUGUGCCCCUAAAACAGCAGCUCCACAGGCCCUUGAUGAUGUUGCAGCCAGGAAACUGUGGGAUCUCAGUGCUUCCAUGGUGGGUCUGGCUUAAACACAGCAGCCUGAUCUGCUGCAGCUGGAGUUGGUGUCUUUGUGAACCCUUUUGAAAAAGGCAUAACCAAAAAGUACUGCAAUAAUAAGGAUUGGGAAUUAUAUAUGUUUGCAGAUAUCUUAGAGUUAAAACAUAUGCAUCAUGUUGCACUGACAGUUUGCUUCAUCUUUAUACUGCACUUUCUGCAUUAUUGUUUGAACAACCUGAAGUGUUUUUAUCAUGCAGCUAAGUCUUUUGCAGGAAGAGGCAACACUAGCUUUAUAUGUUACCAUUAGCAACUCCCUUAAUGCACUUUUAUUUUUUAUUUAAAACACUUAUUCAGGCUGAA